AUGACCCUUGAGGAAGCGACUGAGGGGCACCGCUUGGGACUUCCUUACCUCACCGAGCUUGAGCACCCCAACCACAUUGCCCAACUUUCUUCAACCUCCAAUGUAGGAAUCCCCUCCUCCAAUAUUCUCAUUCUCACCCUAGUCAUCGGGUUCGCCAGAUCGGCAAACACGGGACGCCACUUCAUCCCAAUGAAAGUAGCCUUAGAAUGGGCGCCUGAUGUGGUGAAAUCACAAUUGAAGACGCCAAGUCGCAUUUCGAGAAGAUCUAAAUCGACUAUAUGUUCUACGGGAUCUGAUGUGCUCCAUAGCACGACAAGACACAUGUGCAACUACAAUUUCCAGGUUCGAAUGGAAUUCUACCCCUUAGAGAGCACUAACACGUUCUUUUCGGGCUUCGGAAAACAUAAGCCUGAGAUUGCACUCGGUACUGAAACACAAAAUGUGGUUAGGUGUGCUCAAAGAAGUUUUGGUCAAGAGAUCAGAUACUUCUCUGAAGGCCGACCUCCCGCGUUACUUAAAUUUGAGAUGUGGGCUUGGCUACUAAGGAUUUUCUGUCGCCGAAUCAGAGGUACCCAACGGGCAAUCAACGAUCACCGACUUGCCCCUACUCUUCAAUUUCACCCAAAGUGCAGAGAGUUUCCAUGGUUAAGACCUGUGCCAACGAAAUACGAUUCUACCUUCCUGAACUCUCCUCUAAUUGCUUUGCUUUCCCUAUGCCUCGCCAAUGAAAUCAACACAAUAAUUCAAGACCUUGUCGCAUUCUUCCUGGGGCCAAUGACUGGGCUUGGUCAUAGGACAGGCAAAGCUCUGUUUGCCAUGAUCUGGCAUACAACGAGACGGCAUCACAGUGUCUCUCUAAUUCCUUCGAAUCUAAUCCAGAAUUUACUGAUUAAGGAUCAUCCAUGUUUACUAGGAAACUACGUUAGCUAUGCGACCGACGUUACCUCGGCAGCGGACACGGCAGCUAGGCUUCGUUCUGCGCAGGAGAAGAAUCCGCGCCUUGUGAUUAAGAACAUUGGGCAUGAUUACUUAGGAAAGUCGACAGGGAAAGGAGCCCUGAAAUCAUGGACUCAUAACCUUAAGCACAUCAAGCUCUUCAACUAUUCUAGUUCUGCGUACUCUGGCCCAGCGAUUAGAAUGGGUGUUGGAGUUCAAGCUUUUGAGGCCUAUGAGGCUGCAGGAACAGUAGGUCUCCAGGUUCUAGGCGGAGAGUGCGUGACUUUUGAACUUGCGGGCGGAAUGUUGAGCUCAGUGCAUGGCAUGGGCGUAUACCAAACCCUCGAAUGGGAAGUCGUGACCGCAAGCUGGGCUUUGAUAACCACGUCUCCCACAGAGAAUGCAGGCCUAUAUUGGGUGCUAAGCGACGACGGAGGUGUGCCAUAUGGAGUCACACUCUCCCUAACCGCGAAAGCGCAUCCAGAUGGAGCUGCCAGCGGCGCCAGCAUGGCAUUUUCUUCUACUAGCAUACCGAUCGACACAUUCUGGAAUGCCCUCACUUCCGCUAGACGAUCAUUCCGUAGAUUGUGGAUGCCGAAGCACAUAUGCAAUGGGCUGUUUUCGGACUCACCUCCUUCACCUUUCACGGAAUAUCUUGAUACGGGGAGUAUGUCAUAUCAGUUGAACGUAACCUCACUCCCGAGCUUCCUGCCUCAUGCCGGCCGCUACACUGGACCUCUUCUGUAUGGGCCUGUUCCCAUCGCUCAGCACAAUGGAGAAACUAUAAACUUACUCUGCAAUAUCUGCACAACCACCCAAUUCUACUUCACUGCUUAUGCAUUCAACGUCUCUCGUCCUCCCUCGUCGUCCUUCCCCAAAUGCUCUGCUCCCAGCCUAGCCCCGGUCUCAGACAUGACAGCCCAGGGAAUGCUUCUUAUUGGUGAGGGAAACGGAUUCCAGAAUCCUAAAUGGGGGGAGAAGCUUUAUGGAGAAAAUUAUGAGAAGCUAGGUGAGAUCAAGAAGAACGAUGCGUGGGCCGCGUGGCAGACAGUGGAAGACAGUACCGAGUUUGAAAAAGAACUUAAAGCAUCUAAUGGCACCGCAACCGACCGGCCGUACCUUAAUUGCGUGACUGUUGAGGCACAAUUAAAUGCCCUCCUUCCUUCCGGCUUCCCCAAGACAAUUGAGGGUCGCGCAAUUAAAGCUACCAUCUUCACACGAUUACCUCCAAAGCGCAUUUGGCGAAUGGAAACUAGCUCUGUAUUAUACAGCAUUCAUCAUCUUGGUACUUAUUCCGUUAACUUCCUCCUCUCGUAUUACAUCCCUCGCCGUUUCCGUGAGAACCCUAAAUGGAUGCGUAAAUCUCCAGCCCUUGUAGUUCUGAUGUGGUCAUGGUUAUGUUACGUCGGCCAAACAAAAAUCAAAAUGGCAACCUUCCUGGAGCCCAGAUCUGAAAGCGAUCUUUUUUUCGUCGUUGAACAUUUACCCAAGUCCAUCUACGCCGACAUCUUAGUUGAUGAUAUCAUAAGACCAAACGAUUGGAGGAAUCUAGUACCCGAAAUCCUCCAGCUACCGUUGUCUAUUGCCGCAUUACCCUACUUAACUCUCAACAGUAUUAGGGCGUUUAAAGACAACGUCUUCGAAGACCAGCAACAUUCGUACGUACCCCUUAUGCAGGCUCCGUUCAAACUCGACAUUCAGCUUUGGAUCCAAGAAGGUAUCUCGGAAGCUCUCUACGGAUUUAUUGUGGCGUUCGCCAAUGGGAUGCAAGAUGCAGACUAUAGAAAGGUCUAG